UCUCCCUAAAUAAUUGUAAGCUCUCUCUCUCUCUCCCUCCCUCCCUCUCUCCUUCACACACAUACACUGACACACACACACGAAAAGGGCGAAAUUUCGCCGCCUCUCAGCCACAGCCCCUUCCUCUGCUUUUCCCAUAACCCUCUCCUUAAACCUCAGAUAACUUUCUUUCCCCUUAUUUAUUUAUAUUUAUAUCUCUCUCGCCGCGAUUGUAUAGAACAGUUUAGCUGCGACUAGAGAACCACCUUGCGUCUCAUUCGAAGGGAAAGAUGGCAGGGAAAUCAAACAAAGGGAGGAACCGGAGGGGAGCACAUAAUACCAUGACUGCUUCUGAAUCAGCAGUCACAUCCGAUGCUCUUGUGAAUGAUAACUCAAGUGCUUUAGAGUCUUCCAAGGCUGAUGCAAAUGGUGUUGCAACUGCGGAUGAAUCAAAUAAUGCAAUACUGGAGUUAACGGAGUCUGAAACAGAAAACUCAGCAAGCCAACAGAAGCAAGGUGAUCUUCAUCUUUAUCCUGUUUCUGUCAAAACACAAAGCGGCGAGAAACUUGAGCUCCAACUGAAUCCAGGAGACUCUGUCAUGGACAUAAGGCAAUUUCUCCUUGAUGCUCCAGAGACGUGUUAUAUCACAUGCUAUGACUUAUUAUUGCACACAAAGGAUGGUUCUACUCACCAUUUAGAAGAUUAUAAUGAAAUUUCUGAAGUAGCUGACAUUACUACUGGUGGUUCCUCUUUGGAGAUUGUUCCUGCAUUGUACGAUGAUAGAUCUAUAAGGGCUCAUGUACACCGUACGAGAGAAUUACUUUCUCUUUCCACACUUCAUGCCUCACUAUCAACUUCGCUUGCAUUUCAGUAUGAGACAUCACAAAGCAAAUCCUCUAGUUCUGGAGAUACUGCAAAAACUGAGGUCCCAGAGCUUGAUGGUUUGGGUUUUAUGGACGAUGUUGCUGGUUCACUGAGUAAUUUGCUAUUUUCAUCUUCAAAAGAGAUCAAAUGCAUGGAUGGCAUUGUGUUUUCCUCCUUUAAUCCUGCUCCAAGCUAUAGAAGGCUUGUUGGGGAUUUGAUUUAUUUGGAUGUAGUAACAUUGGAGGGUAAUAAAUACUGUAUUACGGGAACAACAAAAAUGUUUUAUGUCAACUCUAGCACUGGGAAUACUCUUGAUCCAAGGUUGAGUAAGACCACUUUUGAAGCAACAACCCUUGUCGGGCUCUUGCAGAAAAUAAGUCCUAAGUUUAAAAAAGCAUUUCGUGAAAUUUUGGAGCGGAGGGCCUCUGCACACCCGUUUGAAAAUGUUCAAUCUUUGUUGCCACCAAAUUCAUGGCUGGGAUUAUAUCCUGUUCCUGAUCACAAACGUGAUGCUGCCAGAGCAGAGGAUGCACUUACUCUUUCUUAUGGUAGUGAGCUGAUUGGAAUGCAAAGAGAUUGGAAUGAGGAAUUGCAAUCUUGUCGUGAAUUCCCCCAUACAACUCCUCAAGAAAGGAUUCUGCGGGACAGGGCUCUCUACAAAGUGACAUCAGACUUUGUUGAUGCCGCGAUUAGUGGUGCUAUUGGAGUGAUCAGCAGAUGCAUACCCCCAAUAAAUCCAACAGAUCCAGAGUGCUUUCACAUGUACGUUCACAACAACAUAUUCUUUAGUUUUGCUGUGGAUGGGGACCUUGAGCAGCUUUCGAAGAAACCUGCAUCCAAUGCUAAUUCAAAUAUUGAGAGUUUAAGCCCUGUGAAUGGUUCAUCUGAUAAGGCUUCCAGUUCUUUGUUGCAUGGAGACGGUGGAAUUGCCAAUGGGGAAAAAUGUGGAGGUUCAACUACAAAAGAACAGGAUAGUGUUGUGGAUGUGACUUCUGAUGUGUCAGCUGAAACACAGUUAACAGAAAGUGAGCAAGCUACAUAUGCUUCUGCAAAUAAUGAUUUGAAAGGCACCAAGGCAUACCAGGAAGCUGAUGUCUCUGGACUUUAUAAUCUUGCUAUGGCCAUAAUUGAUUACAGAGGUCAUAGAGUGGUAGCUCAGAGUGUUUUACCUGGAAUUCUUCAAGGUGAUAAAUCAGAUUCUCUUCUGUAUGGAUCUGUUGACAAUGGCAAGAAGAUAUGUUGGAAUGAAGAUUUUCAUUCCAAGGUGCUUGAGGCUGCUAAACGCCUUCAUUUGAAGGAACACGCUGUGCAUGAUGGAUCUGGAAAUGUUUUCAAAUUAGCUGCACCAGUGGAAUGCAAGGGUAUUGUUGGCAGUGACGACAGGCACUAUCUUCUGGACUUGAUGAGAGUUACUCCUCGUGAUGCAAACUACACUGGACCUGGAUCACGAUUCUGUAUCUUGAGACCAGAACUAAUUACUGCGUUUUGCCAGGCCCAAGCUGCAGAAAGAUCAAAGUGCAAGUCUGAAGGAGAUGCCUCUUUGAGCUCUGAUUCUUUAAAGGCUCCUGGUGUGGACGAACAGGAUUUAACAAAAGAAGGGAGGGAUGAGGAUGCUUCUUCACCAGCUCAAACGGAAUCUUCUGAAGAAAUACUUUUCAACCCUAAUGUGUUCACUGAAUUUAAGUUGUCUGGGAGUCAGAAGGAGAUAUCAGCAGAUGAAGAAAAUGUGAGGAAAGUUAGUUUGUAUCUUAAAGAUGUUGUGCUUCCAAAGUUUAUACAAGAUCUUUGUACGCUUGAAGUUUCUCCUAUGGAUGGGCAAACAUUAACUGAAGCACUCCAUGCUCAUGGAAUCAAUGUUCGCUAUAUUGGAAAAGUGGCUGAUGGGACAAAACAUUUACCUCAUCUGUGGGAUCUUUGUUCUAAUGAGAUUGUUGUGAGGUCUGCAAAGCACAUCCUCAAGGAUGUUUUGAGAAAUACAGAGGAUCAUGAUUUUGGGCCAGCUAUAUCACAUUUCUUCAACUGCUUUUUUGGAAAUUAUCAAGCUGUUGGUGCAAAAGUUAUUGCUAACGUUGUGCACUCCAGAACACAUAAAAAAGACCAAGGAGCUCAUCAAUCUUUAGGAAAGCCUUCUAGGGGGCAAGGAAAAUGGAAAAGUGGAUCAUCUGCUAGAAGAAAUCAAUCCUCAUACAUGAAUGUCAGCUCAGAAACUCUUUGGUCAGACAUACAAGAAUUUGCAAAACUCAAAUAUCAGUUUGAGUUGCCGGAGGAUGCAAGAUCACGCGUGAAGAAGAUUUCUGUUAUACGUAAUCUUUGCCAGAAGGUAGGCGUUACUAUUGCUGCACGCAAAUACGAUCUUGAUUCAGCUGCACCUUUCCAAACAUCAGAUAUCUUGAGUCUCCAACCUGUAGUGAAACAUUCGGUUCCCAUAUGUUCAGAAGCUAAGGAUCUUGUAGAAACGGGUAAAAUCCAAUUGGCUGAGGGAAUGCUUAGUGAAGCCUACACACUAUUUUCAGAAGCAUUUUCAAUACUUCAGCAGGUUACUGGUCCAAUGCAUCGGGAGGUUGCCAAUUGCUGCAGGUAUCUUGCGAUGGUUUUGUACCAUGCAGGAGAUAUGGCUGGUGCAAUAAUGCAACAGCACAAGGAACUUAUCAUAAAUGAGCGUUGCCUGGGUUUGGACCACCCUGACACUGCUCACAGUUAUGGCAAUAUGGCUCUUUUCUACCAUGGGCUUAACCAAACUGAACUUGCACUGCGUCACAUGUCCCGGGCAUUGCUCUUGCUAAGUUUGUCAUCCGGCCCAGAUCACCCUGAUGUUGCAGCAACCUUCAUAAAUGUUGCGAUGAUGUACCAAGACAUUGGAAAGAUGAACACAGCUCUUCGUUAUCUGCAAGAAGCUUUGAAAAAGAAUGAGAGGCUUCUGGGUGAGGAACAUAUUCAAACUGCUGUAUGCUAUCAUGCUCUUGCCAUUGCAUUUAAUUGUAUGGGUGCAUUCAAGCUUUCUCACCAGCAUGAGAAGAAAACCUAUGAUAUACUCGUCAAACAACUUGGUAAGGAAGAUUCAAGGACACGUGACUCCCAAAACUGGAUGAAGACAUUUAAGAUGCGUGAACUACAGAUGAAUGCACAAAAGCAAAAAGGCCAAGCUUUGAAUGCUGCUUCUGCUCAAAAAGCAAUUGAUAUUUUGAAGGCUCAUCCUGACUUAAUACAUGCAUUCCAAGCUGCUGCAUCUGGAGGGUCUGGGAGUUCGGGCACUUCCGGCAGCAAAUCCCUCAAUGCUGCAAUAAUUGGUGAGACUCUUCCUCGAGGGAGGGGAGUUGAUGAAAGGGCUGCUCGUGCAGCUGCUGAAGUCAGAAAGAAAGCUCAAGCAAGAGGCCUUUUGAUACGUCCACAUGGUGUUCCAGUUCAAGCUUUGCCACCCCUUACACAGCUACUCAAUAUCAUCAAUUCAGGUAUGACCCCAGAUGCAGUAGAGACCGUGGAAACUGAAGGCUUGAAGAAGGAAGCCAAUGGCCAUCCUUCAAACGGUGCAGCAGAUUCCAAAAACGACCAAUUGACAUCUGGGCAAGAGGAUCAGGCUCCUGCUGGAUUGGUUGCUGGCUUACCUUCUUCAGAUGCCAAGAAACAGAAAGCAAAGGCGAAAGUUUCAGCUUGACUUUUAUGCACAGCAGGGACUCAAUUGAUUGGCAAGGAAGCCGAGGAUUGUUUGUUUGAUUGGAAAUAAUUUCUAUCUAAGCAUGAGAUCUUUUUUGGGUCUGUUUGAAAUGAGGUACCCCCAUUCAACUUGGCUCUCAGAGGCUAUGAAGGGUGUUCGGAUGUGCGAAUUGACCCAUAGGUAUUCCUUUUUUGUUUUAACCAAUAAUCAGGCUCAUAGAUAGCAUGGCAGCAAUUGCUCGUGCAAAUAGAUUAAUGCACUUCUCCAGGUAUUGACAUGAAUGAGCUCAAACUCGGUUUUUAUUUCAUAUUUUAUUUUUAAAUUUUUGGCCUAUUUUUGGGUAGUAUUCGAAAGCAUUUCAAUGUUUUGUGUAGAACAGGGUCAAAUGAUCUCUAGAAUGAGAUUAGCAUAAUUUCCCUCUUUUUGAAAAAUGUGAAACAGCUUGGUUCAUUAUUGCCGCUGCUUUUGUUAUGAUGUGGAAUUAUCUUUUAACACA